AUGUUCACAAGCAGCAAAUUUGCCGCUGUGUGCCUCACUGUCACGGCGCUCUUCAACGACGUAAACGCUGAAGCGGAGGUCGCUCAGACGUUUGGACUGCUUGGUUCUGGAUACAGAGCUCCUAGUCAUGCGGGACCAUACGAAGCUCCUAGUAAUGCAGGACCUUACGGAGCUCCUAGUGGUGGGGUCUAUGGUGGAGUUGUCGCCAGUGUAAGACCGACCGGGCGUAGUGCUGGUCAUGAUGGACUUGGAGUUGAGAUCCUCGGACGGGGUACAGGCGUUGGUAACGCAUUCGGCGGCACAAGUUCUGGUGGGGCAUUUGGUCUCGGCGGACUUGCCGGCGGCCGCGUGACCAACAAUGUGUACGGUGGAGUCGGCGGAGCAGUCCGACCUGGUGCUGGAGCCACAAACGGUUCUGGAAGGCCUGUAAGUGGCGCCCCCAGUGGAACCGUUGGUGCCGGUGCCAUUGUAAAUACCGGUCCUUACGGUGGUGUUGGUGAAAUCACCCGUCCAGAGGCCGGAAAGCCAGCGAACGGAGGUACGAGCGCAAAUGUUGCUGGUGCCACUGAUGACAAGAAGAACACCAACGUGUAUGGCGGGGUCAGUGGAGCCACUGAUACAGGCGCAGUUGUCACGAAGGGUGCUGAAAAGCCCGUGAGUGACGGCAAGGACGUACCUGCUGUGGUAGCUGGUGACAAGAACGCGGUUCCUGUUGUUGCAGCUGGUGGAGCUGCCGUUCCAGAGGCAGGAAAGUCAGCGAACGGAGGUGCGAGCGGAAACGUUGCUGGUGCCACUGAUGACAAGAAGAACACCAACGUGUAUGGCGGGGUCAGUGGAGCCACUGAUACAGGCGCAGUUGUCACGAAGGGUGCUGAAAAGCCCGUGAGUGACGGCAAGGACGUACCUGCUGUGGUAGCUGGUGACAAGAACGCGGUUCCUGUUGUUGCAGCUGGUGUAGCUGCCGUUCCAGGGGCAGGAAAGUCAGCGAACGGAGGUACGAGCGGAAACGUUGCUGGUGCCACUGAUGACAAGAAGAACACCAACGUGUAUGGCGGGGUCAAUGGAGCCACUGAUACAAGCGCAGCUGUCACGAAGGGUGCUGAAAAGCCCGUGAGUGACGGCAAGGACGUACCUGCUGUGGUAGCUGGUGACAAGAACGCGGUUCCUGUUGUUGCAGCUGGUGGAGCUGCCGUUCCAGAGGCAGGAAAGCCAGCGAACGGAGGUACGAGCGGAAACGUUGCUGGUGCCACUGAUGACAAGAAGAACACCAACGUGUAUGGCGGGGUCAAUGGAGCCACUGAUACGGGCGCAGCUGUCACGAAGGGUGCUGAAAAGCCCGUGAGUGACGGCAAGGACGUGCCUGCUGUGGUAGCUGGUGACAAGAACGCGGUUCCUGUUGUUGCAGCUGGUGGAGCUGCCGUUCCAGAGGCAGGAAAUCCAGCGAACGGAGGUACGAGCGGAAACGUUGCUGGUGCCACUGAUGACAAGAAGAACACCAACGUGUAUGGCGGGGUCAAUGGAGCCACUGAUACAGGUGCAGUUGUCACGAAGGGUGCUGAAAAGCCCGUGAGUGACGGCAAGGACGUACCUGCUGCGGUUGCUGGUGACAAGAACGCGGUUCCUGUUGUUGCAGCUGGUGGAGCUGCCGUUCCAGAGGCAGGAAAUCCAGCGAACGGAGGUGCGAGCGGAAACGUUGCUGGUGCCACUGAUGACAAGAAGAACACCAACGUGUAUGGCGGGGUCAAUGGAGCCACUGAUACAGGUGCAGUUGUCACGAAGGGUGCUGAAAAGCCCGUGAGUGACGGCAAGGACGUACCUGCUGUGGUAGCUGGUGACAAGAACGCGGUUCCUGUUGUUGCAGCUGGUGGAGCUGCCGUUCCAGAGGCAGGAAAGCCAGCGAACGGAGGUACGAGCGGAAACGUUGCUGGUGCCACUGAUGACAAGAAGAGCACCAACGUGUAUGGCGGGGUCAAUGGAGCCACUGAUACAGGUGCAGUUGUUACGAUAGGCGCCGGAAUGUCCACCACGGACGGGAAAGAUCGCGGUAUCGUGGCUGGCGCUGAUGGGAAGCCAUGCACUGAUGGAGCCGGGGGCGCAAUCGGGUCUGCAGUCAAACCUACUCCGAUGGUGAAUGGGAACACAAUCUCAGCCAAGCCGCUCAAGAGUGGUGCGAAAGUGGUUUUAAAACCCACGACCGCCAGCCCGUACAAUGGUCGCGUCGGAGGCGUGACGCAACGGGCGUACCGCAAGCUUCGAUCGUUGUAA